AUGGUGGAGGAUCUCUUAAAGGCGGGACACUUAAAGAAGUACGUCCGAACAGUGCCUAAAGGUGAAGGAUCUUCCCAUGGUCGAGGCCCUCAUGCCCCAGUGGCUCUUGUUAUGGCAAUAAUCAACUACAUAAAUAGAGGACCCUUGGAUGACGAGUAUAGCUCCAAAAGGAAAAGACAGAGACUGCUGCGAGCAGCCACGGUUCGGGAGCACGUGAGCUCCACUCAGCCGGGAUUAGCCAAUGGGGGCAUCCACCCCAUAGAUGGAACCAUUGUUUUCCCUGCUGUGGAUCCAGCCCGAGUGUUGUAG